AAAUCUAUCGCACAUCUCAAACAGAUUGCCACAGCUUGCACCUUUUGCUGCGAGGUUUUGUUGUUUUUGCUUGUUUAUAUUAAAGUAUUAAAAUCAUUGGUAUUUAAAAAAAAGUAUUGUGUAAAAAUAAAUAUUCUGCGUAAUUUACACUCAUUACUAAUACUUUGAAGAAUAGAUCGAUUGCCAUGGCCGAAACAGAGACGCAACACCAUGAUCCACAUCAUGAUGAAGAUGUGCACGAUGCCAACUAUCAAGCUCCGCCUGAGAAGACCAUAGAGGAGUUGAUGGCCGCCGAUCAGGAGGAUGAGAGUUUGCGACGCUACAAGGAGGCACUUCUGGGUGCCGCGCAAUCCGAAAUGAUUAUUGUCGAUCCCAAUGAUCAGCGAAAAGUGAUUGUUAAAAAACUGGCCCUAGUCGUUGAUGGACGCGAUGAUAUGGAAUUGGACUUAAGCGGCGAUAUUAGUAAGCUCAAAAAGCAGCUCUUUGUGAUUAAGGAAGGUGUUCAAUAUAAGGUGCGCAUUGAUUUUAUUGUGCAACGUGAAAUUGUUCAUGGCCUUAAGUAUGUGCAAAAGACCUACCGAAUGGGUGUGCCAGUGGACAAAAUGACGCAUAUGGUUGGCUCCUAUCCGCCCAAGAAGGAAAUUCAAUUCUAUUUGACGCCGGCUGAGGAGGCGCCCUCGGGCAUGGUAUCGAGAGGCACCUACUCUGUAUCAUCUGUGUUUACGGAUGAUGACAAGCACAUACAUCUUAAAUGGGAUUGGACCUUUGAGAUCAAGAAGGACUGGGCAUAAGACACAGCACACAUAACUAUAUAACACUUAAAAAACACACACACCCAUACACACACAUACGCAUAAAAGCCAACUGAUUUGUUGUCCCAAGUUGAUGUAAAUGAUUUUUGUGAAAUUGUAAACAAAUAUUAAGCGAAAUUCCUAUUUGUCAAGUA